CUGAUCUGAUUAUCUUCUCAUAACACAUAAUCGUUCUUUUCCACUCAUAAACCUCUCCAGAAUCCAAGUUGGGGGAUAUGGAAGGUCUUGAGAAGAGUAAGAUGUCCGUCCUCUUAGGCAUCGUAUUUCUUCUUUUCGUGGCUCAUUCUUCGGCAUUCCCGGCAUACUCGAAAGUUCACAAUCACAACUUUGUUGUUGAAGCAACACCAGUGAAGAGGCUGUGCAAGAGCCACAACAUAAUCACAGUGAACGGGCAAUACCCGGGGCCUACUUUGGAGGUUAAUGAUGGGGACUCACUCGAGGUCAAUGUCGUUAACAAGUCUCCUUACAAUGUCACCAUCCACUGGCACGGGAUCCGGCAGAUGAGGACCCCGUGGGCUGACGGACCGGAAUUCGUGACCCAGUGCCCAAUCCGGCCCGGUGGGAGCUACACAUACAGGUUCACCAUCCAGGGACAAGAAGGCACGCUCUGGUGGCACGCUCACAGUUCCUGGCUCCGAGCCUCGGUCUACGGUGCCCUUGUCAUCUACCCGAAGCAAGGAUCUUCCUACCCAUUCCCCAAGCCUAAGCGUGAAGUCCCUAUACUUCUUGGCGAAUGGUGGAAUGCUAAUCCCAUAGAUGUCAUAAGAGAGGCGACUCGCACUGGCGGGUCGCCUAACGUUUCAGAUGCAUACACCAUCAAUGGUCAGCCUGGCGACCUUUACAAUUGCUCCAGCAAUGGUACGACUGUGAUUCCAAUAGACUCCGGUGAGACCAGCCUACUCCGAGUCAUCAACGCUGCACUCAACCAGGAGCUUUUCUUCAGCGUGGCGCAGCACAAACUCACUGUAGUAGGAGCUGAUGCCUCAUACCUGAAGCCCUUCUCGACCUCAGUCAUCAUGGUAGGGCCAGGCCAGACCACGGAUGUCCUGAUCACGGCCGACCAGCCUCCUGCCCGGUAUUACAUUGCUGCCAAGCCAUACCAGAGCGCGCAGGGCGCCCCAUUUGACAACACCACCACCACUGCUAUACUUGAAUAUGGAUCCCCCUCGUGCUCGGGCCAGUGUGCCUUGAAAAAGCCCGUAAUGCCGAACCUUCCGGCCUUCAAUGACACGUCCACGGCCACCUCCUUCUCUCAGAGCUUGAGGAGCCUUAGAAAAGUCCCUGUUCCUAUUGGAAUUGAUGAGAACCUGUUUUUCACCGUGGGUUUGGGCCUCAACAAAUGCCCACCAAACUUCAGUUCCUCCCAGUGCCAGGGCCCGAAUGGCACUCGCUUUACGGCGAGUAUGAACAAUGUGUCCUUCGUGCUCCCUUCCAACUUCUCGAUCCUGCAGGCCCAUCACCAGGGCAUCCCCAAUGUAUUCACGACUGAUUUUCCCGCCAACCCACCAGUUAAGUUUGAUUACACCGGGAACGUGAGCCGGUCCCUGUGGCAACCAAUUCCAGGGACUCGAGUUUACAAGUUGAGGUAUGGGUCAGAGGUGCAAAUAGUUCUGCAGGGGACCAAUAUUCAGACAGCUGAGAAUCACCCAAUUCACCUCCACGGAUAUGAUUUCUAUAUCAUUGCUGAGGGCUUCGGGAACUUUGACCCCAAGAAGGAUUCAUCCAAGUUUAAUCUCGUCGAUCCACCGAUGAGGAACACAGUUGGAGUCCCGGUGAAUGGAUGGGCAGUGAUCAGAUUUGUUGCUGACAAUCCAGGUGUUUGGAUAAUGCACUGUCACUUGGAUGUUCACAUAUCAUGGGGCUUGGCAAUGGCAUUCCUCGUCGAAAAUGGUGUUGGAGAAUUGCAGUCUAUAGAGCCUCCUCCAUCGGAUUUACCUCUUUGUUAGCUAAAAUCAGUAUGUUUUGCAUAAAAAAUACAUAGACCCGGGCUUUAUAGAUGGAGAGAAACUGAGCCACCGAAUAACAAUUGGCAACUUUGAUCAACUCCUCAGUCGGAUGAGAUAGGAUCUAAGUUCAGGUAGAAAUUCAUAUUAAGGGAUUUGUUCGUAUAAUUGUUCUUUGAUAGACAAGUGGUGCUUCUGAGUGUACGAAGAAGCCCAUACAUUUGAUAUGUUGUGUAUUAGAUUCUUGCAUCGUCCAUUAGAUGUACGUUAUCUCUUAACCAAUUGGAAGAGAUCAGCAUACGUAAAGGCUCUGUUUGGUCGUCUGAUUCUGUAAAUCUCUGUUCCAUCAGAAAAACUCCGAACGUAUUUUCAAAA